CGGGUCUGUAAUCAGCCAAAUGACGUGGAUCGAUGGUUGCCGGGGCCGGGGGGGGAAAUUAUUGGGAAAUACAUCCAGCCAGCUCUGAGCUCUCGACUCGAGUCGGCACUUCUCGAGUAAUUGUGCUCGUACGGGGUACUUUUGUGGAUUUCUUAUUCCCCUACCUCCGUAAUGUCUAAUUCCUGGUUGUCUUGUCUGUCACUUAACAACUAAUACAUACUACUACUUUGCGCAAUUCACUUACUCCAGACCAGUGUUUUGACCACCCAGGCAUAGGCAUCUUGGCCCCUUUGUCUGCUCAACUUCCUACUGGUCCUACGAGAGCUCAAAAGCAACGUGGAAAAGAAGCAAAAAUGCCUCUUAACACACUCACCGUCGGAUUUGCAAUUACUCCUGCUGUCAUCCAGACUUUUGUCGCUCAUGUAAGUUCCUUCCACAGCAUCUUCUUCACCCACAAAACUAACCAAACCAGUACAUUAAUCGCAAACCACUCGCCCAAAAGCCAACAGCGCAUAUCUCCUACCACGAAGGCCUAGAACUAAUACGAAAGUUUCUCCUAUAUGCCUCCCACCACCCAGUUGAAGACCUACAACGCUUCACGGGCCAAUGGGUACCCCAUCCCGCCUGGGUCAAAGUCGACGAAGUGAAGAUCCCCGAGGAAUAUAUUGAGAGAUCUGCCGAGGCGAUACAGGAGCAAUUGGGGCCUCGCGGUAUUCAAAAGGUUGGUGGGAAGACAUGGUGGCAAUGGAGAAGGCCGGGAACUGAAUUGGAGGCGGAGUGGAUUGAGAUGAGGAGUGAUUAUAAUGAGAGGAAACGAACGAAUGGGAAGUCUAAGAGGAUUGUUUUGUAUGUGCACGGAGGCGCGUAUUUCUUUGGGAGUGUCGAUGAGCAUAGAUUUAUUAUGCAGAGGAUAGGGAGAAAGCUACAGGCUAGAGUUCUUGCACGGUAUGUGUUUUCCUGGUUAUCUUGGGGAAUAUUGACUAAUUGGUGGUAGUGAGUUAUGAAGAAAUGUUGAUGACUGGGGGUAUACUAAUAAAGUGUAGCACGCUAUCGAUUGGCGCCUCAAUUUCCCUUCCCGUGCGGUUUGCACGAUUGUUUAGCAGUAUAUCUCUUCUUACUUUCUGACGGUCAAGAUCCCUCUACAAUUAUCUUGGCUGGAGAUAGUGCUGGUGGAGGUAUGGUGUUAAGUAUGCUUGUCAUUCUACGAGAUCGUGGUAUUCCACUACCAGCUGGUGCUGUUCUUAUUUCUCCUUGGGUGGACUUGACCCAUUCAUUCCCAAGUCUUUCUGGAGAUGCCCAACAAGAUUAUAUACCCGCACAUGGGUUCCACCAUAGUCCUUCUCCAGCAUGGCCACCUCCUAACUCGGACGAUAUGCUUGCUAUGGAAGAAGACAUUGUCAGAAAGCUUGCUCACCAAGACACUGGAGCUGCUCCCUUGCAAACCGAGCAAGAUGCAGUCCAAGGUUUCCACGUGGAUCAUCACCCAGAGGCUGGGACUAAAAAUGAUUCUGCUGCUACGGGAACGGCUACAAACGAUGGCACUGGAAAAGAAGCGAAUACCGUUCCUGGGAUGGGCCAUGACCUUUCCAUAAUGAUUGAUGGGAACCUCGUUGAAAUCAAGGAUCAGAUACAACUGUACACACAUAACUCACUAAUAGCACACCCUUUGGUUUCUCCAGCAUUGGCACCAUCCCUAGGAGGUCUACCUCCCUUGCUCAUCAUGGUAGGUGGUGGAGAAAUGCUUAGGGACGAGCAGAUAUAUGUUGCCCACAAAGCUGCCAACCCAACACAGUAUCCACCAGACGAUGCUUUCCUAGAUGAAAAUCCGAAUGAUCACAACAGAGAUCAGAUCAACCGAUGGAAGCCCACAGAUGUUCAGCUGCAAGUAUGGGACGACCUAUGUCAUGUAGCGCCUACUUUGAGCUUUACGAGGCCUGCAAAAUUCAUGUUUCGAUCAAUAGCUCAAUUCAGUGCAUGGGCUUUAGCGAGAGCCCAGAAAACCGAAAUUGAGAUAUUGGACGAUGAUGAUGUUUCGGUCAUCUCACGCUCUGACUCUGACGAGGAGAAUGGAGGCGAGGAGAAGUUAGUUGAGGGUGAGGUGCUCGAUAGUGUUGGGAAAGCUGGAGAUCCUCUUCCUCCGUUCAAGAACCAUAUGAUUCGACAAAAGGUCGACCGUCAUGGGCACUUGUUUCCUCUUGAGUCGGAAUCAGAACUCCCAGGAUGCUGUAUGUCUCCCGCGGACAUUGGAGUCAUCAAAGAAGGUCCUGUCAAGAAAUGGAUGGCGGUCAAGAAGGAAUGGGAUACCAAAUUUGCACACCAAAAACGAAGAGUUCAAAAGAAACGAGCUAAGGAAAUGGCCGAGGGCUACCAAGAGUUCGGCAAUGGGGAGGUCCCUCCCCCCUCUGCUUUGGCUGGACGAAGGAAGACUGGCGAGGAACUGAAAGCAGACAAGAAGACGAAGAGUUGGGGAAUGAGUCUUUGGGGUAUUUGGGGUAGCAAACACGAUGAAAAGACCAUGGUUCGCGAACGAGAAGCGGAUACAGCACCCGAAACCGCGACUGCUACACCAGCCGAUGGUGCUGGAGCACGAGGACUUCACGACAUCGAAACCCCCAAAAAGCAGAAACGCCUCUCCAAAUCCGAAUUGAGCCGUUCCCACUCCCGUCGAAGAACAGUCACAGAUCAGAACCAAACAGGCUGCCGAGACGAAAGUAUCCCCCCUCGCCUCUCCCUCGAUGGACUUUACGACUCUCACGACGAAAGUCCCCCCUGGGAUCAACCCACCAGCUCCCGUCCUGCGAUCCUCGUUCAAAAACCCUCGUUCAAUCUCGCGGAUGGCGAUGACUUUGAUCGAAAGAGACCCAAGGCGGGCGGUAUCGCCUUCCCGUUUACCCUCAAUAAUCACAAGGCGAGUGUGAGUAUGACGACGCUUACUAGUGAGGAAGCUUUCCCUCCUGGUGAGGAUGUGGCGAUCCCUGGGGCGAGGGAGAGUGGGUAUACGCCGAGGUCUUCGGGGGAUGCGCAGAGGGAGGGGGAGGCAACGAGGGCGAAGGGAGGUGAGAAGGGGAGUGAGAAGGAUGUUGUGGUUGUGCAGGAGGGGGCGGAGAGGCCUGAGUUGGAGACUUUUGUUACGGCGUUGGAUGUUAGAUUGGGGCUUUGA